CUGCUGGGAAGAAAAUAAGAGGAGACUAGAGAGUAGAGACCCACUCGCCGCCGCAGCCUCGCUAAAGGGCCGUCACCUACGACCGCCGACCGCCGCUGUAUCCUCCUUCUCCGCCGCCCCAGCACACCCCUCCCUGUGCCGCUGCACACCCCUAGUGCAAACGGCGUCGCGUUGAAGUUCGGUUGUCUUUUUCGCUUUGAAACCCUUUCCAUUAACCCUAAUUUUGAUAUAUCUAUAAACUUGAUCUUUUGUUCUUAGCGUUCCCACCCUUCUUCAGAGCUUGAAAGGGCAAAUAUUCACAUAUGGGGAAGACUAGUUCGCGAUCGGAGCCGUCGACUCGUGCCGAUCGCAAGUUCGAGAAGAAACUUCAGUUCUAUGCCAAGGUUAGAGAUACAGUUGCUUCAUUAGGUGUGCAAAAAGCUAUUAGUAAGAACAAAAAAGAUAGAAGCCGAAAAAAGAAAUUGGAAGCAUAUGAUUUUUCAUCCCUGUCUGAGUUCCUUCCCGACUUGAAGGUUUCAAAGCAAGUAGCUCCUACGAAAUUUAAAUUGAAUAGCAAAUCCAGGCAGACUCUAAUACUAAGAGAAGCAAAUCAAUUACAGGCAGUUCUUAACCAUCCUGCUUUCCUGUCGGACCCGUUGGCUGCCAUUCAUCAACACUUGCACAGCACCCAACCUGGCACAGACCAGAAGCCAGAAAGAAAGCACAUUAAAAGUGGGAAGAAGCAGCAGCAGCAGAAGAAGAAUUCUAAAACCUCCAAAUCUAUGGAGAUCUGAUUCAAGAUAUCGUGGCUUUUAUUAGCCAGCUGGUACAUAAGUCUAGCAACGUGGGAGGCCUCUAACCAUUUCAUUGCUCAAAGUUGAAUAUGUUUUGCAGUAUCAAGGCCUAUUAAGGUUUUUGGAUUGGAAACAUGUAAAUGAAUUUGCCCCAGUCUUAUUUUUUUUUGGGUGUUCAUUCAUGCUCCAAGAUGGCCUAUUCCACACAAGAAGAGAACGAAUUAUUCCAGGGAAUGAAGAAUCCAAAGUAUUCAAAGAA